AUGGAAAGAAACGAGCAGCAGGAAUCGAAUUCCAGGAGCCGAUGCGAUGAUGACACAAACAAAAGCAUUCGGAUAGCACAAUUCUACAGGAAGGCCGAAAAGGCGAAAACCCAGCAACAGGAGCGAAAUGGGCGAAUCUAUGCCCAGAUGACCACACUGCGCAAUUGUGGCACUAUACAACUGCCGCGCCAAGCAUUUCCUCCGCGUCACUCCAUUACCCUUCUUCGGCACUUGACACUCCCCGUCGCCGGAAGCUUCACGCCACGUCUGGUAUCUGUUCGCCGCCGAUCGGGUCGCCGACCGAUUCUCUUCGUCGAAACGGACGUGCCGGAGUCGGUAUCCAUGACGGACUCCAAUUCCAUUCCCAGCUCUGCUCAUCCGGCUUAUACGGAGAUCGUCGUCGUUCGUCACGGCGAGACGGAGUGGAAUGCUGAUAAAAGGAUUCAGGGACAUGUCGAUGUUGACCUGAAUGAAGUUGGGAGACAACAAGCUGCUUUGGUGGCUGAUCGACUAUCCAAAGAGUCUAAGAUUUCUGCUGUAUAUUCUUCCGACUUGAAACGAGCUUUUGACACGGCGCAAGCAAUUGCUGAUAGAUGCGGCGGUAUUGAGGUUAUCAAGGAACCAGGGCUACGAGAAAGGCAUUUGGGGGAUCUACAGGGCCUUUCGUUAAGUGAAGCUGCCAAAGCUUCCCCAGAAGCAUACGACGCAUUUUUAUCCCACAAAACCAGCCAAGACAUCCCUGGCGGUGGCGAAAGUCUUGAUAAAUUAUAUGAGCGUUCGACAUCUUCAUUUCAAAGAAUUGCAGCAAAGCAUAGAGGUGAGCGAGUGGUUGUGGUGAGUCACGGAGGCACCAUCAGAUCCCUACACAAGCGAGCUUGCCCUAGCGAGAGGCCUGCAAAGAUACUCAAUACUUCUGUGCACAUCUUUCACAUAUCCGAUGUAGACGAGUGGACCAUAAAAUCUUGGGGUGAUGUUAGCCAUCUCAACCAAACAGGAUUCCUGGAGUCUGGUUUUGGUGGCGACAGAACCUCUGGUUAGCUGCACUUAGAACCAACCCUCUUCCUAGCAAAGAAGUAACUUGUCACUAUAGAGUCUUUUUUUUCUCUUCUCCUCUUCAUACUACAAUGGACAGCCACCCUCUGAUGUAAUGGAAGAGAUUUUACAGCUGUACCGGUACUUACUGUUGUUUGAUGGAAUAUAGCUGCCUGGCUGGUAUCUGUAGCUGCAAGUAAUAGCCUAUUUUAAGCGGUAUUAGCUCCUCAAAACCUUGCAGUUACAUAACUUACCUUGACCUACUAACUCGACCGGGUUAACGGGCCAAACCAGAUUCACAAUCACGGACACUACUAAUAGUUAGCAUUAGGGUAUUUUGUGCUAAAAUCAUAGUUGAAUACUCGUUAAAUCAUGCUUGAAAAUUUGCUCCAACCCAAGCCUUGAUGCAUCUUAAAAAAAAAAUAAAAAAAUUGUAAAACCAUAUCGACGGUUGUAUCGAAAGAGUUAGGAUUAUGCAUUUUGAGCUAAAUCGUAGUGCAACCGUCGUUAAAUAAUUUCAUACCAUUAAAAUCACCAACGAUUUAGAUUCUGUUAGGAUUUUUUCGAUUGGGCCGCCAGUACGGUAUAAUCGUAGUUCAACCGUGAUUAAUUACGACUUGACAUAUUGCUCCAAUCGAGCCUUAAAUUAGUUUUGGGAGAAGAAGGCUCUGUAUGACAUUGCAAUUGCCAAGGGUGGUUCAGACCAGAGAAAGCUGAAAGAGAGGCUGAUAAUGUUGCAGCAGAUAUUGAGAACAUCGCAAGAGCUAUCAAAGCCAAACUGCUAGAUUACUUGAAGGAGGAAGGGACAUAUACCCCAGAACAAGUCGGUGUGCUCCAUGCUCUAGGAGCAGUCAUAUACAACGAGGAUGACCAUGCAAGCAAGGACUAGAUUCCAGUUGGAUAUUGUUUUAGAUUGUCUUAAAUGGGACGAGAACAGGGUUGACACACAUGUUUUACAGAAAUAGAUAAGGUCCUUGGAGACCUCCGGUUUGAUACAACAUAUUCGGAUCUGAUUCCACAUAUUGGAAGGUAUAUAUAAUAUAAUUUCCCUUGCUAUGUGUUUGGUCAUGUAAUCCCAACGUUUAUACUGAACUGUUUGCAUCUUGUAUUACUUUAGGUGGAUUUCCACCAUCCACAAGCUCGCGGAUGCAUUGGAGACGAAAUAUCACCAGGAAAGGGAGAUAAGGCGGCUAGAGGUGAAACUUGAAAUAUACAAGAGGAGGAAAGUGGUCAAGUAAGUAUUGAGCCGGUGUUUUACCAUUUACUACUUAGUAAUAGCGGUACAGUUUACAAUUGUUUCAAAAAUGAGACUGUGAGGGUGUUUACUUUACUG